GCAGAGGAGCCCAGCGAGUGAAUGAAAAAAAGGCUAAGGAGCAAGACAUAAACAACCAUGUGGACACUGCUCCAUGGAUUAACAAACCUUAGACAAACUCACGGAUGUAACUGCCGCCUGGACUCUGUGAGAGUAGAGAAAUGGAUCUUCAUGUGUCAGAUAAUUCUGACCGUCCAGCCGACAUGGAGCGCAUGAGCAGGAAUAAAGUGGAACAUGGGCGACAGACGCACCAGGUCUUACAGAGCACUCCUUUAGACCUGAUUGAGACAGGCAAGUCCCUGAAAGUCCAGGCAGAGCGCCCCCACCUGGUUAGUCUGGGAAGUGGACGCUUGAGCACAGCCAUCACCUUGCUGCCCCUGUCUGAAGGGAGAACCACGCUGGGCAGUGGCGAGACAGACAUCCCUCUGCAAGGCCACGGCGUCGCAGCUCAGCACUGCUACAUUGAAAACAAAGCAGGCAGCAUCACCUUGUACCCAUGUGGAAACCAGUGCUCUGUGGAUGGACUUCCCAUCACCAAACCCCAUCGCCUUACACAAGGGUGCAUGCUGUGUUUUGGCCAGUCUGCCUUUUUUCGCUUCAACCAUCCAGAGGAGGCCCUGCGGAUGAAGAGCAUGCUGCCUGGAGGACUGAGCCCUGCAAGAACUCAUCCUACUGACUCCCAUAGUGCCCUCAACGGGAAUCCUCAGACUUUUUCGAGCAACGGAGACUCCAGAUCCAACAACCUCGCGAAGAACCUCCAGGACUCUUUGGUACUGAAGGUCUCAUCAUCAUCAGGACCGGGUAAACAGCCCUCUCCGACAAGUAUGCUCAAUGGGAGAAAUGGCUCCAUGAAAGAGGAAUCCAUUUAUGAAAACAGCAGCUGCUUUGUGAGCCAUAACCUUGGCAACAAAACUCCUCCAGUACCCGCAAGGUCUGCUCAUAACAACCACACUCCCGUCCCCCAUCCAAGGACCUCGCUCUCUGUGGCCUCGAGUGGUACCAGUGGUAGCCAGAGGGCCCAGGAGAGCCCAAAGAUUGUUAGGAGUGCAAGAGGUGAGGCCACAUCAAGGUCAGGACAGGGCACAGACUCUAGUCGCAAACCAUCAUCUGUCAGAUUCUCUUCAACAGCUCCACCCAGUCCUCGAACAAGAGGCUCCUCCCUGCAGAAGAGAUCCCCCAGUCCAAUGAGAGAUCAGCCCCUGUCUCACUCAGAGGUCCCUCAAAGACUCAGGAAUCCAGAGCCAACUGGGUCCACCAAAGAACGUCCUCCUGUCAGCCCUUACAUGUCCCACAGAGGGACUCCAGGAUCGCAGGGCUUCAUCGCCAAACCAGUCCCAGACAGCCCGCAGGGCCCCCAUAAACUUAUAGGUCCUUCCAAAGCAGAAGCCAUGAGGGCACUGUAUGCCCAGAGUCCAUCGUCAAUCUCUGGGCUGGAGAAGGAGUCUGGAGGCAGGUACAACCAGAGGCCUGGUGGUGGCAUCAAGUCAGGCCUGGGUUCUCGGUCUUCUUCGUCACCUCUUGCCAGCCCUCAUAGCCAAAGAAAGACCCCCUGCAUGAGUGGAUCUUCCAGUAAGGAGCAGAGCCUUGUGAAACCAUACACCCGGGAACGCAAAAACAGCAUCUCUGAGAUCAACGACAAUGAGGACGAGUUGUUGGAAUACCACCGCUGGCAGAGAGAGGAGAGGCUGCGCGAGCAGGAAAUGGAGAAACUGGAGCGUCAGAGGCUGGAGACCAUCCUCAAUCUGUGUGCGGAGUAUAAUCAUGAGGACAGCGCUGUGGAGCUGGCUGAGGCGGUGAGGAGCGGGCUGCUAGGGGGCGCUGGAGGACCCGGCUCGGACGCGGGAGUGGGGAUGUCCAUUCAGAGGGCCCAGAGAGAGAACGAUGAGGAGACCCAGAGAGAGGAGUCCAGCAGCACGGAGAGCACACACCAAGAGUGUGAAGAGGUGUUAGCCGGUCAGGAGCAGGUCUAUCUUGAGGAGGAGAGGAGCAGGGUCUUGGCCAGAGUUGAUGACUUGAAGCACAGAGUCAGUGAACUGGAGAGGCAGUUACAAGAGACCAAACAGGAGGCGGAGAUGGAGCAGGCCCUGCUGCAGGCGGAGCGGCGAGCCGAGCAGGAGCAGGUGGAGGCUGAGAAUGAAAUCAUCUCUCAGCUGCAGCUCAAACUCAGCCAGCUGGACAAGGCCACCCAGAAGGAGAAGGAGAAGGGGAGGGCUAAUGUGUCGGCUGAGCGGAAGGUCCUGGAAAAGCAGAAGAAUGAGUACAAUGAGCUGAAGAGGCAGUUUGAUAAGUGCCCCUUGUCUCUAAGGGAACAGUUACAGGAGCAGCUCAGCAGGAAAACUGAAGCUCUGGAAGUCGGGACCAAGCAGUUUGAGGAGCUGGAGUUCUGUCAGCUGGAGGAGGAGAGCAGCCUGGAGGAGAGGAAGGAGGCUCAGAGCUCACAGCUCCUACAAGAGCGAGCUGAGUAUCACUGCAGUGUGGCCCAGAGGAAGGAGAAGAUGGGCACUCUGGAGGCUCAGGUGAAGCAGCUGGGGCUACAGGCGGCUCAGGAGUGUGAGAGGAUGGUUAAAGACAGGACGCUGACUCUGCAGUUGCUACAGAAGGAGCAGGAGAGGUUGUGUCACCUGGAGAAGAGGUACCACAUCCUGACAGGGGGGAGGAGCUUCCCGAAGCCCAACAGCAGCAUGAAAGAGGACUUUCUCCACAUCAGCGAACCUGACCUCGUUUAUGCGGACGGUCCUCCUCAUAGCCCCAGUCCCUCCUCUGCCUCCGUCUCCUCCUCCUCCUCCCCUCACGUCCCCUCCCCAGAGCUCUGCCCUGUUAGGCCACAAGAGGAGUACCUCAGGCUCUCUGAUGUCUAUAAGAUGUAUGGAAGUGCUUCUCUGCCACCUCGCUCCUCCUCCCCCGCCGCUCUCCACUGCCUCUCCCUCGCUGUCGCUCCAGCUCUGCCGUGUGAGGAGUACAUCACAGUCAGUCAGUUAAGCCAGAUCUUUGGGAUGCAGAGAGUUGAUCCCUCCUCUUCCUCUGCCUCUAUUGCAUCAUUCCAACUGGCCUCCUCUGAAUCUGCCUUCUCAUGCCACUCGGCUGCACGUGGUCCUUCCUCCUUUCUCUCUGCGCAGAGCCAGCCCGAGCUGAGCAGGAACGCAAUGCCUCCUAUUAACCUCGAGCGCUGGUACCAGGACAUCAUGGCGGCCGGAGAGCCUCGGCCAUGUCCUCCGCCGCUGCCUGCCAAGUCUUUUUCCGCACGCAGACAGGGGCAGCUGUUAAAGUCCAAAUCAGAUGGAGAGGUUGGACAGGCUGCAGCCCUGCCACACUCCAGCGGCGUUGCUCAUGAGAGAAAUGCAUCCACCAAGGGGAUGCAGUUAAUGCUGUCAAACCCACUGGACAUGGACCCCAGGAGGCAGUUUGCUCUGCAGAACAAAGAUCUGUCUCCCACAGUCCAUCACUCCAUCCUGCACCACCAGCUGCCACCGAGCGGCAGCCAGGCGUACGACACCCUGAGCCUGGAGAGCUCAGACAGCAUGGAGACCAGCGUCUCCACCGGCAACUCCGCCUGUACCCCAGAAAGUGCCUGUGGGUUGGAGGCCCAGAGGAUAGAGGAGAUGGAGAAGAUGCUGAAGGAGGCGCAGCAGGAGAAAGCCAGGCUGAUAGAGAACAGAGAGAGGGAGGUGCAGGCUCGGCGGCAGAUGUUGGAGGAGGAGCGGAGGAGGCGAGAGGAGGCCGAGAGGAGGCUCCUGGAUGAGACGGCCCACAGGCAGAGGCUGGUGGAGGAGGAGGUGAAGAUGAGAGAGAAGCACUUCUCCCAGGCCCGUCCAAUGACACGCUACCUGCCGAACCGCAAGGAGGAGUUCGACCUGCGCGCCCACGUGGAGUCGUCGGGCCACAGCAUAGACACCUGCCCCUUCGUCAUCCUCACAGAGAAGAUGUGCAAGGGCCACCUGGUGAAGAUGGGCGGCAAGAUCAAAUCGUGGAAGAAACGCUGGUUCGUUUUCGACCGCCUCAAGAGGAACUUCGCUUAUUACGUCGACAAGCACGAGACCAAGCUGAAAGGGCUCAUUUACUUUCAGGCGAUUGAAGAGGUUUAUUACGAUCACCUCCGCAGUGCCACCAAGAGCCCGAACCCGUCUUUGACCUUCUGUGUGAAAACCCACGACCGCCUCUACUACAUGGUGGCCCCGUCCCCGGAGGCCAUGAGGAUCUGGAUGGAUGUCAUAGUAACGGGCGCCGAGGGCUACACGCAGUUCAUGAGCUGAGGGACCACUGGGUGACAGAUUUUGACUGAGCGAGCGCCCAGACACCUGCGAGCCGACCUGAUGAGCCGCUCCCCCGCCGCAGCCACAGCUGGGAUCGAUGACACACAACCUGAUGUGCGACGGAUCGGACAUUCGAAGAGAUGAAUUAUCUGGGGCUCUCGUGAAAAGAAGCCUGAUGCCUUUGAGCAAAUGAGGGUUCAGCAAUGACUGAAUAAUUCUAAGAGUUGUAUUUAUGUUUCAGUCUCCGUGAGAAGGACAAUAGUCCGAGCAAGCUGCCAGUGGAUCUCAGUUAGAUCAAUCACUUCUGUUACCAAAAUGUUAAUAUUAAUAAUAUGAUUUUUUUUUUUUGAGGCUUCAGGAGGAACACUUACUUCAUAUAAGCUCGAACUGCUGAAGCUGAACUAUGCAUGCAGUGUUAUCACUCUAACCGACGCCUCUUUUAUUUCUUCCUCCUUUUUGAUACAUUUGUACUUUUUCUCUUGAGCUUGUUAACAUUUCUCACCUUAUAAAGUCGCCUCUUGAUAUUUAAAAAAACAAAAAAAAAACCAACGCUAAACAGCAGACACAUUUUAGCAGAAAAUAUCCUGAAAUAUUUUAAAAGAGAGUCAUGUGUUACUUAUUCAAUGGUGCCAAAUACUUCGGACGUUAAAGGUGCACUUUGUGGUUUUUGGGGAAAAAGAAAUUCAAACUCCAAAAUAAAACAUUCACAAUUUU